AUGGCCGUCGAGACUUCUCCCGCCAUCUGCCGGGCGCAGCACGCCAAUCUCGACGCAGACCAUACCACUGCUGCCGCAAUUGAGAAGCCCUUGACAGGCGACUGGUCCGGGGUCCAACGGUUUUCAAUCAAGCUGCCGCACCAUGAGGAUCCAGUCGAGCGUACCGUCCUAGGCAUUGUCGAGCUCUUCAAACGCAUGAAGGGCCUCGAGAGCCUGUACCCCGAUCCCAUCAAUGGAGCCAUCUUUAACCAACUUUUCGACUUGGUUAUGACCGACGCACGUUUGACUGCCGUCAUCCCAGAGCUCCGUCGAAUUUGGGGUGACGGCGAGUAUCUCCUCGAGCUCGAGUUCGCGCGUAAAGUCAUCAGCGGAGACUCGAGGGCAGAAUCCCAGCAGCUGUUCGAGUCGUUUCCCUACUUGGAACAAUACUAUCAGUUGGCGCGCAUGGAAGCCAACACACUCGACACAGCCGUCGGUGAGACCCAGCUCUCACGCCCUCGCAAGAUCGCCUUCCUCGGCUCGGGCCCGAUGCCCUUCACAGCGCUCUGCAUGCGGCCGAAGCUGGGCGACGACGUAGAAAUCAUCAAUAUUGACCGCAGCGAAGAAGCUAUUCAGCAUGGGACCCUGGUUGCCUGCCGCCUGGGCGACAACAUGCGCUUCGUUAAGGCCGACGUCGCCUCGGUGCCUGACGACCUCCGGGACUGUGACGUGGUGCAUUUUGCGGCCCUUGUUGGCGACGAGGAGCAGAAGCUCGACCUGCUGAUCAGCGUCGCAAAGGCCAUGAAAAAGGGCGCCCUCAUCAUGCUGCGGAGCACCGACAGCUUGAGGCAGUGCCUUUACCCUAAGAUAGAUACGGACAACUGGGAUGUGCUAAGCGUCCUGACCCCUGUUGUUGCGACGAGGUACUUUGGGAAGUCGACAAGCUUGACUAGCAUUGUUCUUAGUGUCGACUGA